UCUUGCACUAGUUACCAAGGUUGCAAAAAUGUCACCUAGUGAAGGAACAUUCCCAAAGCAAAAGUAUCGUAAUCACUAAACAUCUACAACCUUUGGAUAGACGGCCCAUUGAGAAUAUACCUAUGCAUUAAUUUAGGUCUAAUUGGGCUAAUCCGGCCCGUGAAGAAUAGACCUACCAAGCAAAGGGAAAGGGUUGUGGUCUUGUCACUCUUGUGGAUCGAAGAUUCCGUCCUCCUAAACCAUAAAUUAAAAUAAGGCGAAAUCCUAAGGCUGCAACCUAACUAUCAAACCGCUGGAGAUUUCAUAUGCACCGUCCGAUCUGAUUGGCCACCGAUGGGUGGAGGACGGCACGAUCUGCCAGAAAUCACCGGCAACGCAGCGAGCGUGCAAAGGAUUGGACCUCAAAUACGGUUCCCUCUCUCUCUUCCAAUCGUUCUACGUAGUCCAUUCUUCUGUUCAUUCUUUUGGGGAUCGACGAUCGCUCAUUGAUCUGUGAAGGUUUGUUGCAAUAAGUCUCUUCCUUUUUUGUUCAGUUUCGAAGUUCCCCUGUUUCGAAGUUUCGUUCAAUUUCGGCUAAUUUGAUUUUCCGUGUUGUAAUCGCAUCUGGGCUCUUUGUUUUCAGGGUGUUUGGUGACUCGUUGUUGUUGGGUUCGUUCAAAUCUCUGCACAAGUUUGAAGCUUUGACUGCGAUCUCAUCUGGGGUUUUUGUAGAUUUCCUUCGAGUUUCCAGUUUCGCGGGUUUGGGGUUCGUCGCUUGCCCUUUCGAUUCUCCUUUUUCAAGGUUAAAGCUAUUCUUUUUAUGGAAUUUGAAUGCCAAGCAAGCAUUGACGUUACAGAAAAUCGAGCUUGCAUAGAAAAUUCUACUCCUAGAGACAUUGCAGUUUCAAAGCACAAGUUCAAUUUCUCUUCUCGAAGCGAGAUAUUAAGCAGUGUUGUUGCACAAGAGUUUCCCUGUGGUGAUGAUAAUGUUCUGCCCGGUUUUUGUCGCUCAAUCAUCGACCUUCCUCCAGCAUUGAUAUCUGAAAUCCUGAAUUGCUUGGACCCUAAGGAGCUUGGUGUGGUUUCCUGCGUCUCGACCGUAUUGAACAGGCUAGCAGCUGAGAAUCCGGUUUGGAAGGAAGUCUACUGUGAAAGAUGGGGACUUCCUCUAGUCCCUCCUCCGUCGGUUGGAGUAGUAGCGCUUUCAGAUGAGAAGAACUGGAAGGAGCUGUUUGUGGAGAGGGAGUUCAGGAGUAGAACAUUCUUGGGACGUUAUAGCAUCGAUGUUCUGUAUGGUCACAAGGAAGCUGUUAGGACAGUUUUCCUGUUGUCUUCCGCCAAGCUCAUUUUCACCUCUGGAUAUGACUCAGUUGUACAGAUGUGGGACAUGGAGAACGGCCUCUCGUUGGCUUCAUCCCGGUCCCUUGGAUGCACCAUUCGAGCAGUUUCGGCUGAUUCAAAACUACUGGUUGCGGGUGGUACAGAUGGAUUCAUCCAGUGUUGGAAGGCAGUUGAAAGUCUCCCACACUUGUUCGACCUCAAGGAUCCCACAUCCGAGUUCAGGCUUUGGGAGCAUGUCGGACCCAUUACUUGUCUUGCCUUGGACCCUACAAAAAUCUAUAGCGGUUCAUGGGACAUGACCAUUCGUGUAUGGGAUCGAUCUUCCCUGAAAUGCUUGCAGGUCUUGAGUCAUGAAGACUGGGUUUGGAGCCUUGUUCCUCAAGGUACCACCGUUGCAGCUGCAUCUGGUUCAGAUGUAUAUGUAUGGGAUACUCGUCGAGGGACUUUACUAAAUGUCGUCACUCAGGCUCAUGCUGGGAAUGUUUUUGCUAUCACUCGAAGUCACAUGGGGGACCUUCUUUUCACCGGAGGAGAAGAUGGGGCAAUACACAUGUACGAGAUGGGUAAUACCGACUCGUCCAAAAUCGCUUCUUGGGUUGCUCACUCUGGUCCGGUUUACUCUCUGGCAUUCGAGUUCCCUUGGCUGGUCUCGUCUUCUGGUGAUGGGAAAAUGGCGCUCAUCGAUGUGAGGAAGCUGCUGAGAUUGGCCAAACGAGCCAAAUUCUCUUUGAGAGCGAGAAAGGUGGUGGAGAGCAGCAUUGUGGAGCUUCCACAGAGGAUGUUGCACGGAUUUGUUUUAUGUCCCUUUGAUCCAUUUGCUGAUCAAUAAUAACCUGCUGCCAUUUUUCUGGAUAUUUUCUGCAGCAUUUUCUGCUUGGUUCUUGUGUGGUUAUGAUUUAUCCAUUGGCUUUUCUGCUGCUGGUUUGUUAAGCAUCUGACCUUAUUGGAAAGUUUGGUCCCAAGUUCCCAACCAAUUCCUCAACUUGGUCAUAUCAGAGAUCGAAGUCAGGGUGACUGAUUUGUUAAUGGCACUAAAGUUUAGUGACUGUU